AAGACCAAACUACUUUCAGGAUUGGAUUCAUCUAAAAAGUCGGAGCCGAUAAAUGUUACACACGAUAGUUCAACUUUGCUCGUACCUGUGUAUUCUGGCUCUGGACAAUGCAAGCAUAAGCCCGUUGAUAUUUCCAUCAAGCCCGAAUGCAUAUCCGAAAAUCGGUCAGAAAUUGGUCAAGAUCAGAUACCAAAACAAGAUCCGUUAGUCGAAAAGAUUGCGGACGAUUCAGACGAGACUGAUGCAGCGUCAGAUGUUGUAAAUGUUUCUAGGGGCCUUCGUGAACGCCUCCACUUCCCACCUGUACCUCUCUUUCUUGAGCAUGUGCGAGCCCGGAUCAAACAGCUUCCCCUACCAAGAAUUCCCCAACCAACCAGUGAUGAGAUGAAAUUAACUCAAGGUGCCUCAAAUAUCUCAUCAAGACUCAUCCGUCACCGGUUUCAGAGAGCAAGGAGAUUGCGAACUUUGGAUGAUUUGCUUGUAUGGCGCCAUAGAUCUGCGGCUCAUGAUCGCCAAACGGCUGAUCUCGCUUCUGCCCGACUUGCGGAGCUUAAUGUGCAACGGUUCGAUUUAGAAAAUCGGUAUCGCCAAUCGCGCGAGCAGUUAUCAGCGCUCGCUUCUGCGGCUCAGGAAGCGCGUACAGCGCGUGCAAAGGCAAUAAAGGCAAAGCAGACAGCAUUGGCAAUAAUGACAACUAAUUUGCCAUCUGAUGCAAAGACUCGUUCUCUUGUAAAAAAUUCUACUACUGAGUCCCUUCUGGAGCAAUCGAUCCAGCCACCAGACGCUUCAGCCCAACCUGCUGUCCCGAUAUCAAGCCCGUAA